AUGGCGCCCAAAAAAAGUCCGCCGCACGCCGCCUUUGUCGAGGAGUACGACGAAGACGCCCAUGCCAUCGUCCCCGACACUCGUCAAGUCGCCAAAGUCGCCGCCCGACGUUCUCGUUCCGAUCUCAGGUCGCUCGCCGACCCUGUCCUUGAUCUCGCCAGUGAUUCCGGCUAUUCUAGUCGCACCGCCGCCACCGUCCACAGCACCCAAUCUGCCCCAUCGUCGGGCCGGAACGACUUCGCUGCUGCUUCUGCUGCUGCUGCUGCUGCUGCUGCUGCUGCCGUCCCGUCUGCUGCUACGACUACCCUCAAGAGAGCUGAUCUGGAUCGGGUUCGCUCCAGCCGCAAAGAUCGUACCAAAGAGCGCAGUCCACGACCCUCGCGGGAGAAUGACAAGAUGCAGGUCGUCUACCCCCCUGUGACCCAUCAUCAUCAGCAGCAGCAACAACAACCGCCGCAGCGUCAUCCCUCCCGUCGACGGGAGAGUGCCCAAAUGCGCCACUACCCAGGCACCUGUCUGGAGUGUGAUCAAGGCCUCUACCAUGGCCCCCUCGAUUACUCGCCUGCCUACUAUAUCUCUCAGCCCUCCACCCCGACGGUGUCAUCCGUUCACGACUAUCCACCCUCCAUCAUUCAGCAGGACGUUCCCGUCUCCCGUCCCAGUGCCCGCACCGGUCGCUCCAACUCCUACCACACCAACCCCCGGCCCAUGAGUUUCCACGGCGUGGCCCCCAACCCCAUGGGCGGCCCCGUGAUUACUCCCAACCAGGGUCCUACUACGGCGCCCCGGAGUUCAUCAACGACAACCGCAAGGGAGCGCUCCGCCUCGCGCACCCGCCGGCGGCCCUCCCUCUCCGUCUACCCCCAAGGACCACCCAUGCCCGACUUUGAAUGCCGCCGGUCACCUUCGACGAUGAUGACGAGGAUGAGGACGACGAGGAUGAAGACGACGAGCCCCUCAACAUGGCCCCGCCGCCUCCACCGCCGCCCCCGCAGGCCCGCCCCCGCCAGCCGUCGUACUCCGCCCACGACCGCGACGAGGACUACUACCCGUAGCAUGCCGCCGCCGCCGCUCAAGUACAAGGCUGCGCCGAACAUCAUCCAGCGUCGCCCAGACCCGCCGCGCAAAUCUGUCACGGCCCCUGCAGUCUCGUACGACCGACGGUCGUCGCGCUCGCUCGACCUGUCCGAUCUGCGGGACGCCCUGCCGUCCGAAUACGGCUACCACCGCUCCUCCCGCGAGACCAUCGUUCCGGAGCGGAACCGCCGCUUGCGUUCCACUGCCUACCACCCCGACGGCAGCACUGCCACCCGUCCCUCCCGCGUCUCCGUCGAGAGCUCGCGCCGCAGCCGCCGCGCCCCCACCGUCUACGACUACCCCGCCAGCGUCAGCGUCGGCGGUAGCGCCAGCGGCAGUGCCCCGGCCGAUGACAUCGACGAGAAGCAGCGCGAGGCCGAGGAGUACCAGUACCAGGCGGCGUCGCGCGCGGGCAAGCCACCGCCCUCGCAGCCGCCCGCCGUGCUACCCCUCACCGAGGACGCGCUCUACAAGGCCAAGACCGAGCGUCCCGGCAGCGAAAGCGGCAGCCAGAAGAGCCGCUCCAGCCGUGGCAGCGCCAAGCCCGACGAGGCCUGCAACAACAACAGCAUCGUCAUGACGAUGAACGGCAUCACCAUGAGCAUCCCUCACGACACCGUCGGCGGCAAGAUGAUCAGCCUGCGCAGCGGCGACACCGGCGCCAUCUCGCUCAACAUCCACAACCCCCACGAGCACCGUCGCCGACCGAAGAAGUACCUCCCCGCCGGCAGCGCCAGCGGCGCGUCCGAGCACUCGGCGCGGCGCGAGAUUGAAGACGUGCAUCGUCCGCGCGGCGAUCGGCGCUCGGACCGCGCCAGUCGGCGGUCGAGUCGGUCUAUAUACAGCGGGCGGUCCUAG